UCCAAGUGACCACUCCUCCAACAAGGCCACACCUCCUCCAACAAGGCCGGCUCUUAAUUCUUCCUAAACAGUUCCACUGCCUAGGACCAAGCAUGCAAACAUAGCUUUUAACAAUAGCAGGCAAAGAUAGCCUUUGGGGGCUAUUCUCAUUUAAACCACUCCAAGGAGCAACUGUGGGGCCAAAGUGGUAGUCAGUAGCCAGGAACACCAAUGACAGAGGGAGGGUGACCUGUUCUGCACGGCCCCUGAGACAGCAAGGACCUGUGGCCACCUAGAGCCCCUCCCUCCCUGAUCCCGGUGGCACCGCAGGGCUGAUGGCCAGAAGGCAGGAAAUGGCUCCUUCCCAGCAGCCAGAGUGUCCAUCAUCCUGUUCUAUAGGAGGGGCUUCUGGGAGGCUGGAGGGAGCCAGUCAGCGCCUGCCUGGAGUACUAAUCAGGCAAAGCCACUUCAGUGACCUCAUUCAGACUGAUGAUUGUCCCCUGCAGGUCAGACACUUAGUGAAUGGAAGGACAGACUGUUCUCCACAAAGCAAAUACAUUAAUACGAACAAAGGAGGGGCAUGGUGGAUGCAGGCUGCUAUGCUGAGUUGGCUUCUGGAGGCCCAUAGCUGCCUCCCCCCAUGCCCCGCUUCUUGAGUUUCCCAGGAGUGGAGCCCCAGCUAUUCAUGGGUCUUUUCCCAGGGGCACCCACUGAUUCCAGCUCUCAGGAUGUCGAGAAGGGAUACUUGCUACAUGAGAGCCCCUAGUGCCUCAAACCUGGGAGUUUUCAGGGUGGACCUGGUGUGGAAUAUGAGGCUGGGGACAGAGGAGAGGAGCAAAGGCUUCUGGGACCCUCAGCCAUUCCAUGUGGCAAGGGAUGCAGCAGUGAAUGGGGUGGGAUGGAGGAAUUGGAUGGUGUGGGCCCGUGGCUGGGGCUUUCCUGGAGUAAAUAGCUCUGUAUAGAGCUCUUCACACAGCCCCCAGCCUGUGUACCCUGAGCAGUUCUGGAAGGAGUCCCACAGAGGCAGCCAGCUUCUCGUCCUGACUCUUUUUCCUCCUCCAAGCUAAGGAAAGGGGCGGGGGGGGGGGGGUAAGUCACGAGUGAAUGGCCAGGGACAAGGCAGCUCUGUCCUUCCCACAUUGGCUUCUCUGCUCUGCCCUGCAUGCCAGACCCUUCCCAGCUGGGGCCCCCGGAAGUCUCCUCCCCACAGGGCUACUUGCGGCCAAAGGCCUGGGCCCUGGACACUGGAGAAGUUUAAUCCUCCAAGGAGGACAUCAGGGAGAGGGAGCUGAUUGCCCUGAAGUCCUGGGAUGCAGCUGCUGAAGGCAGGCCGGCACUGUGAGAGUCUGGGUGGCCUUGAGGGAGACCCCUACUCAGGAGCUAGACCCAAGAGGACACAGAGGCUGAGCGCCGAGACCUGGGACCUGCUGCGACUGCCCCUGGACCGGGAGCAGAAUGGAGAUACCCACCACAAAGGGGACUGGAGGGGGCCAGGCAGGGACUCACUCCCCCUCCCCAUGAGGAGCAGGAAGUACCAGGAAGGGUCAGAUGCCACGGAGAGGAGACCGCGGGAGGGCAGCCACUCUCCCCUGGACAGCGCUGAUGUAAGGGUCCAGGUGCCUCAUACGGGUAUUCCCAGGGCCCCAUCUUCGGACGAGGAGUGCUUCUUUGACCUGCUGAGUAAGUUCCAGAGCAGUCGUAUGGAUGACCAGCGCUGCCCCCUGGAGGAAGGCCAGGCAGGGGCUGCUGAGGCCACAGCUGCCCCAACCCUGGAGGAGAGGGCAGCUCAGCCCUCCGUGACAGCUUCACCACAGACUGAGGAGUUCUUUGACCUCAUUGCCAGCUCCCAGAGCCGUCGGCUGGAUGACCAGAGGGCUAGCGUGGGCAGCCUGCCUGGGCUACGCAUCACCCUCAACAAUGUGGAGCACCUCCGAGGCGACGGGGAUCCUCAGGAGCCAGGGGAUGAGUUUUUCAACAUGCUUAUCAAGUACCAGUCCUCCAGGAUUGAUGACCAGCGCUGCCCACCCCCGGAUGUGCUGCCCCGAGGCCCCACCAUGCCUGAUGAGGAUUUCUUCAGCCUUAUCCAGAGAGUGCAGGCUAAGAGGAUGGAUGAGCAGCGCGUGGACCUUGCUGGGAGCCCGGAGCAGGAAGCCAGUGGGCUGCACGAGCCCCGACAGCAGUGUCCACCAGGUGCCAGCUAAGGCCUCACCCCUCCAGCCAGGCAUGCCCUGCCCUGGACUCUGGGGACUCAGUUGUCCACAGUGGCCAUAACCCCUUGAUAAGCCAAAUCUUCCCAAGGCCAUGAUGGAGUGCCAGCUCAGCCCCCAAACCCUUCCCACUGAGCCAGAUGGUGGGCACCCAGCCCUCAAGGAACCCCCAUCCCAGGGUAGUGGGCUCAGGCUAGAGCUGCUAUGUGGGGGAGGGCAUGCUUCUGACCCCAUAUGGCCCAUAGCUUCCUGCAGACCCUGCCCUACCCUGCUCCAGGCUGGGCCUUCAGCAUGUUGGCCCCAAGCCCCGGUGCUGUCCAGACCCUUCUCCCUCAAGCCCUGCCCUGCCAAAUGUGAAAUUCUGCCAACUCCCCCAAGCUCCCCAGGGGAGCCUCAAAGACUCUUCUGGGAGCUACAGUGGCACGGCAUGUUCUGUCCCCCAGCUGGUCCUGGGAUGGCUAUGCAGGAGGUACACUCUGUAUUCUGCCUCACCUCCCCAGGGCAGGCCCUAUCCUGGCCUGUCUGUGCCCAACUCUGCUGCAGGAGAUUGACAGCUGCAAAGUCCAGACACCCUGACCAAGUAGUCCCCAGUCUUGCACUUGGCCUUUGAGGAAAGAUGAACCUUCUCCAGCAGGGGGACAAGGCAAGCUUCCAAGCCAAAAACAUAGGCAGGGUCUUGUCCUAGGAGGACUUGUCCUGCUGGCUGGCAGUGGGUAUUCAUGGGGUAUCUGCUCAGCUAGAUCCUCCAGUCCCCUCAGUGAACACACACCCCUUUCUACUAGGGAAAUGGUACCUUGGCUUUCUCCUCAAGGGGUCCAGCGGCAACAUCUGAGUUGGACACAGGGCACUGCAGUUGGGAUGGAGAUUCAGGCCGGAAUGCUGGGACAUCCACGAGACAGACCUUUGGGGACUAUAGUCCCAGCUCUUGCCUGCAGAUCCUGCAAGUAGCCCUACUGGAAGGUUCUGUACAACCCAGGGCCUCUUACCCUGCAGCCUAGGAGGGGGCCAGGGUAAGGGAAACUGAAGGGCCAGCCCUGUGAUCCAACUUCUAAGAGACAACAGCACCCCAAGGGCAGGAACAAAUACCAGAGCACAGGGUCUCGGGCGGGACGUAGUGGCCGCCUGCAUACUUGAAUGUACAUGCGUAUUUAUUGCUCACAUGUGUUUGCCAUGUUAUCCACGGGUUCUUUCCAACCCGAGAGGUACGUUUUUUGUUUUACCCAGAAAUAAAAAGUCUGCCAAGUGA